CGUUUAGCUGUAAUUUUCCUCUUACUCUGGCUGACUCCGCACCAACUGGAGAUUGGCAAGGAAAAACCUCUUAUUAUUCUCCUUUGGACAUGGCCCUUUAAGUAUCCAUUCCCACUCAACCGGUGCCCUCAUCCCUUUGACGCAGCUGGUUGUUUCUACACAGUGGACCGUAAUUUAUAUGCCGAUGCCAAUGCUGUUAUUCUGCAUCACAGAAAUGUAUGUAGCUCUAGAGAACAGCUGCCCAAAAUGCAACGACCCUCUAAGCAAUAUUGGAUUUGGUUCAACUUAGAAUCUCCAUCUCGCAGCCCAAAUAUGGCAUUAAUGGAUAACCUCAUCAACCUCACCAUGACCUACCAGGCAGACUCUGAUAUCUUCACUCCUUAUGGAUGGCUGGAAAAGCAUGAUUCACAUAAAAAUGUUACAAUUCCUUUAAAGACAAAACUUGUAGCUUGGGUUGUUAGUAAUUGGAAUCCAAACUACCGGAGGACCAAAUACUAUUUGGAGCUUAAAAAAUACAUCCAAAUUGACACAUAUGGUCGUGGCAAGAUGUUGCUCCCUAGAAAUAAUGACUCAAUGAUUCUUUCUACAUACAAAUUCUACCUGGCUUUUGAGAACAGUAUCCAUAAAGACUAUAUCACUGAAAAACUAUGGUAUAAUUCACUCCAUUCAGGGACUGUGCCAGUGGUAAUGGGACCUCCUCGUGCUAACUAUGAACGUUUUCUACACCCAGAUUCAUUUAUACAUGUAGAUGAUUUUCACAGUCCUAAGGAAUUGGCUUCUUUUCUUCUGAAGCUAAACAAGGAUGAUAAAAGAUACCAACAAUAUUUCAACUGGAGGUCUGAAUACAAGUCAGUAGGAAAGACAAGUUUUGCAAUCCAAUACUGUAAAGUAUGUAAAGCAUUGAAAGAGGCCCCUGUGUAUAGAACUAUUCCAAGUAUUGAGAAGUGGUUCAAGUAA